GGCAGGGGGCGCGGUUCUCUUUCUCCGGGCUCAUGAUUUCAGCAGGCGGAGGCUCAUCAUCACUGUUAUCACCGAGCAGAGGCGGCCUGUUGGGGAAAAUGCCCGGAAUAAUGUGGAAAUGGCUGAAUGAGCCGCUUCAGCGCGGCGGCGGAAGAUGUAGAGGUCUAAAGCAGCACUGCUGUGAUUUUCUCUGAAGACUCCGUCAGCGUCUCCAUGGCCCAAUGAUGCGCCGGCACUGGCUGUUAGUUGGUGCUUGUGGAUGGGUUCUGCUCAUCCUUAUGUUUGUCAGCAAGUUCAUCAACUUCAGCUUCAGGAUAGCAGAUGACUAUGGGGGAAGGGCUGAAAUGCUAAACUGGACCUAUCUGUCCAUGAAGACUGUGAAACCUCUGCCGGAGCAGCCUGUGCAGAAGGCAGCAUCGCAGCCGUCUCCAGCAUCCUCAGGUGGUCCGACCGAAGCUGAUCUGUCUGACUGGGAAGCGGUAACUGUGCAGCGCUUGCAGCUUUUGUCCACCGUUUGCAGGAACUCCUCUCUCUGGAACCUCACUCGAACUCCACUGCGCAAGUUUGUGCUCGACCGCAUUUUUGUUUGUGACAAACACAAGAUCCUUUUCUGCCAGACGCCCAAGGUGGGCAACACGCAAUGGAAGAAGGUCCUCAUUGUUCUUAAUGGAAAGUUCUCCAAGGUUGAAGAGAUACCCGAGAAUGUGGUCCAUGACCACGAGAGAAAUGGUUUACCUCGACUGUCCUCUAUGAGUGACGCAGAGAUCACUGAAAGAUUACACACAUACUUCAAGUUCUUCAUUGUCCGAGAUCCUUUCGAGCGUCUCAUAUCUGCCUUUAAGGACAAGUUUGUGAAGAACCCGCGCUUCGAGCCAUGGUACAAGCACAACAUAGCGCCUGCUAUUAUUCGCAAGUACCGUAAAAGUCACCGGGACACUGGUGAAAGUGCUGGGUUGCACUUUGAAGACUUUAUCCGCUACUUGGGUGACGAGCCUGGCCGGCAGCACCUGGACCGGCAGUUUGGUGACCACAUAAUUCACUGGUUAACCUACACUGAACUUUGCGCUCCUUGUGACAUCGCGUACAAUGUGGUCGGGCACCACGAGACUCUUGAGCGGGACGCGCCGUACAUUCUGAAAGCUGCUGGAAUUGCAGAUUUGGUCUCCUACCCAACUAUCCCACCCGGGAUAACACGUUACAACCAGACCAAGGUGGUGCGCUACUUCUCUGGGAUCAGCAAGCGGGACGUUCGGCGUCUGUACGCUCGCUACCAGGGUGACUUUAGCCUGUUCGGCUACCACAGGCCAGAUUUCCUGAUGGACUAAUAAUGAAGAUACUGUUGUGUAGUCUAUUUUUGUGGAACGCACUACUAAACAAUAUUUUGUAAUACUGGAUGGAAGUGCCAGGGUGCCGGCAAACUAGUGUUUUUUUUUUUGUUUUGUUUUGUUUUGUUUUGUCUUUUUCUUCUUCAGACUGAUGGUGUUGACAUUUUGCCAUUUUGCACUGAUCUUGGACCUACUUUUGAGUUUUCUAAUACGAUUUGCUCAGAGGAAGCUGUUCUUAGGUCAACAGUAAUGUAUAGCAUGGAUCGUUGCAGCAGCUUAAGAGGUCUUUCUAGUAUGUAGAGCAAGUAGAUGGUCCAGAUUGCUGCCUUGUGAUUGCUUGGUCCCAGUUUUGAGCCUUUAUUAUACUUGGUUUCUACCGUAUUUGCCAUAUGAACAUGAAUAUGAAAAGUGCCACUUUAUGAUGUUGAUGAUGAUGAUGAUGAUGAUGAUGAUAUUUAAGAGAGGUCAACUUUAGACAUGCACUCCUUGAUUUCACAGCUACAGCUACAAAUGGUCUUCCUACAACAAAACUGAAACUUACGAGAAAACUGAAUAAAGGUACCAUAAAAUGUAUAGGUUACUUACACUACAUGUGCAAGAACCAUAGAGGUUGGUUCUAACCACAGCAGUUUUAAUCGUUUUGUUUACAUUGUUGUAAACAAACAAAAUAUAGAAAUAAGUUAAGAAAUGAAUAAAAAAUUGACCUAUUUUGGGGUUCCUGAGGCAUCUAGAAACAGUAUAAAAUGAGUAACAAAAAAAGUAUUGCAAGCUAAUAUUUCUUCAGAAUUUUUUGCUUGAGUUAUUGAUUUAUUUCUUGAAGGUACAAAGUGGGUUUUGGGAACUUUUCUGCCUAUUCUGUGUGAUCAAUAUACUUACUUGUAUUGACUUGUCUUCCAGAAUUCUGCCUCUCCAACUCCAUUUCAAAAACUGACUGAAGAACCUAGAGUUUAUUUACUAAUAGGUUAUUAUUAUUAUUAUUAUUAUUAUUAUUAUUAUUAUUAUUGAGGAUUUGAGCUAUGAAAUGAAUUUUGAUUUCUAAUAAAUGUUCAAACGAAACUACUGAAA